AUGGCAGUAAGGAACGUAGAUGCUGGUACCAAUGUCAAAGAAGCAAUCCUUAAAGGAAUCUCCAAUGCUAAGAUUGAUGUCAUGGAGUUAGAUCUCAGCUCAAUGGCAUCUGUAAGAAAAUUUGCAGAAGAGUAUAAUUCCAAAGGCCUUCCAUUGAAUAUCCUUAUUAACAAUGCAGGUGUUAUGGUAGAUAAAUUUAAGCUAUCUCAAGACAACAUAGAACUCGAUUUUGCAACUAAUCAUUUAGGUCAUUUUCAUCCUGGAACCAUUCGCACUAAUAUUAUGCGUAAUGAUAUCCAUGUAAAGUGUCUUCUUAAGGUGCUCAGGAUAAUAUUUAUGAGCAAAACUAUUCAGCAGGGAGCGGCAACCACAUGCUUUUUGGGACUGAAAUACUGAAUCCACAAGUUAAGGGAGUACGUGGCGAAUACUAUGUGGACUGUAACAUCGCCAAACCGAGCUCUCAGGCAAAUGAUGCAGAUUUGGCCACGAGACUCUGGGAUUUUAGCUUGAGUUUGACCAAUCUCAGUAGUAGUGGAGGUUUAAGUCUUUUUCUGGGCCAUGUUGUAGGGAGCUGUAAUUAAUUCUGCA